AUGAUGGGCCUCUUGUGGUGCUCUGUGAUGGCUUUGGCCGUCACGCCAGCCUUUGCUCAUCCAAAACAACCAGAGCAACCUCCUCACCCACACCACCAAGACGAUGUUUCUUAUCCGGGCUCUGUCUCUGUUUUCACUGUUCCUGCGGCUUUCCCAACUUCGGUGUUCUCAAGCUACUAUGUCAAGCCCGGUCCGACGAACCAGCCACAGCCCGCCCUAUACGAUCCUGUUCUGAACAUCACCUUCCCAUCUAAUCUCACGGACCAGAAGCAUGUCCCAGAUUCUAAUGACGACCCGGUGAUUUUCCCCCAACCUGUAGCCAAUCUUUCAGAUGCUACCGGUGAAGCCAUUGUUUCAGCAGCUGUCUCUGAGAUCUUGCGAAUCUUCGAGAGCAACAACACCGGAGGAUCAAACACAUGCUCCAAGUGCGUUGCUGCCCUGGCGGUGGGUCAGAUGGUAGCAAAGCUGGCUCCGACUCGCUUCCCGACUGGCAUGGUAUCGCUAUGUCACAAGCUCAUGUUCAGCACAUACAGCAGUUGCGAGCUCACGUAUGGCCCCAACGGGUCCGGCGCUUCUUGGGCACAGAUCCUCGCGUAUGCUGAUGUAGCGGGACUCGAUGGAAAAUACAUCUGCUCGUAUCUUCGCAAGGGCACCUGCGAUUAUCCCACUGUACAAUCCGUCAAAGCCAAAUUCCCUAAGCCUAAGCCUAAGAAGCCUGCUCAGCCUCGUCGGAGUGGGAAGACGGUUAAGGUGUUGCACUUGUCGGAUCUUCAUCUCGACCCUCGAUAUAGCGUUGGAUCCGAAGCCAACUGCAUAUCUUACAUGUGCUGUCGGUACUCUGAACCACCAGCAAACGGUACCGUCCCCGAGAUCUCCGUCUCUGCUCCUCUCUUCGGCUACUACAAGUGCGAUUCCCCGUUCUACCUGGCCCUCGCCGCCCUCCAAUCCAUCGGUCCCUUAACAGGCUUCUCGCACCUACGUCGAGGCCUCCGAACUUGCCAUUUGGGAGAUGUUCAAGGCCUACAUCGCGGGCCCAUCUACACUGCUCUCGGAAACCACGACACGACCCCAGCCGACUACGAAGCGCCCCACGCCAUCGACAACAACUCCACCCUCGGCCAGCAGUUUUCCUGGAACUACGACCACGUCUCCUCCCUCUGGGCUCACUACAACUGGAUCUCCCCCUCCGUCGCUCACCAAGCCGCCACGCACUACGCCGCCUACGCCGUCUCUUCUCCGCCUGCCCACCCAGGUCUCAAAGUAAUCACUUUGAACAGCGACUUGUACUACCAACACAACCCGUUCGCGCUGCUCAACGCUUCCAACCCCGACUACAGCGGCAUGUUCUCCUUUUUGAUCGACGAGCUCCAGUCCGCCGAGGAUAAGAAGCAGCGCGUCUGGAUCAACGCGCACAUCCCCACGGGGUGGGACGGCGGCAGCGCGCUCCCGAACCAGGCAGAUUACUUUUACCAGAUUGUCGAGCGGUACAGUCCGCACGUGAUUGCCAAUAUCUUUUUCGGGCAUUCGCAUGAGGACCAGUUCACACUUUACUACAAAAACAACGGGACGGAUCAAAGAAAAGAAAAUGGGCUGGUGACGGGCUGGGUUGGUCCCUCCAUGACGCCGCUGCAGAACUUGAAUUCGGGUUAUCGCAUGUAUGAGGUUGAUACGGGGAGCUGGGAGGUUAUGGAGGCUUAUACCUUCUACAGCGACGUGGGCACAUACACCAACCUCGAUGGGAAAGGAGAGGGACCAGGAAAAGGGCCGGUUUUCGAGUUGGAGUACUCGACUCGCGCUGCCUACGGGCCAGCGAUCAACUGGCCGAGCGACGCACCGCUUAAUGCUACGUUCUGGCAUGGGGUAACGGAGGCGAUGGAGCGGAAUAGGACGCUUGUUGAACUGUUUACGCAGUAUCAGGGGAAGAGCAGUUCGAAGAGCAAAAAGUGUGAGACGGAGGAGUGUGCGAAGGCCAAGAUUUGCUAUAUGCGCAGUGGAAGCACGGCGCUGGGCAAGCAGUGUAAGUCGGGGUAUGGGAGUGUGCAGUAA